AUGAUUGCCCAAAAGGUAGCUCUACGGCCCUUCAGGGCUACGUUGGGGACCAAGAUAUUGUGUUCUACCUCGCUUAGUCCGAUAUUAAUGAUGCCUCGCCGGCAACGAACAUUUGCAUCUAUUGCCGCAACUGCUAGUUCGACGGCAGAACAAGAUAGUGCCGUUCUGCACCGGUCCCUGAAAACCCCGCCGAUGCUGGUUGUCUCUGCUAGAGAGAGACACCUGACUUUUUCCGAUGGCCAUGAGAUACUUGACUCGACCUGCGGAGCUGCCGUGGCAUGUAUAGGCAGCCACAAUGACCGAGUGAAGAAGGCCAUGAUUGAGCAGAUUGACAAGUUUUCGUACUGCAAUUCUAUGUUCUUUGGGCAUCCAAUAGGCGAGCAGCUGUGCGCAGAAUUGAUCCGGGGCACUGAAGGAGCCAUGGCCAAGGCUUACAUCAUGUGUUCAGGAUCUGAGGCUAUGGACUCUGCGAUGAAGAUGGCGCGGCAGUAUUUCACCGAAAUAAGUCCACAGGAGAACAAACGGAUCAACUUCAUUGCUAGAGAAGGCUCUUACCAUGGAACAACAAUCGGUGGUUUGUCCAUGAGCGGCCACGUUGCUCGCCGUAGCCUCUUUUUGGACAUGCUUCUACCUAAUGUCCACCGGGUCUCAGCUUGUAACGCAUACCGCGGAAUGAAGAAGGGGCAAACAACUGAAGAAUAUGUCGCGCAGCUAGCGGACGAAUUGGAUCGAAAGUUUCAGGAGGUUGGUCCCGAGACAGUUUGCGCAUUCGUCGCGGAGCCGGUUGUUGGAGCAGCUCUUGGGUGUGUUCCCUCAGUGGAAGGGUACUUUAAAGCGAUGAAGGGUGUCUGCGACAAGUACGGUGCUCUUCUGAUUCUAGAUGAAGUCAUGUCUGGCAUGGGUCGAACCGGGACACUCCAUGCCUGGCAGCAGGAAGGUGUUGUUCCCGACAUUCAGACCCUUGCUAAAGGCUUGGGAGGAGGAUACGCUCCUGUUGCGGGAAUGUUAAUCAACCACCGAGUGGCUGAUGCCCUAAAGAACGGGACUGGAGCGUUUUCACAUGGUCAUACAUAUCAGGGGCAUCCCGUGAGUUGCGCUGCCGCGCUUGAGGUCCAGCGCAUUAUUAGAGAGGAUGAUCUCCUCACAAACGUGAAGGAGCGCGGGAAGCUUUUGAGUUCGCUUUUGCACAAAUACCUCGACGGCCAUCCUUAUGUUGGCAAUAUUCGAGGUAGGGGACUAUUUUGGGGAAUCGAGUUUGUUGCUGAUAAGCAGACAAAAGACCCAUUCCCGCCCUCAUUUGGUGUUGCCAAUCUUGUUCAUACAGUCGGGCUCAAGGACCAAGGGAUAAGCUUAUACCCCGGCACCGGAACUAAGGAUGGUGUGAAAGGAGACCACGUUCUUCUCGCACCAGCUUAUACAAGUACGGUAGAGGAGAUCGAAGAAAUCUCCUUGAAGACCAAACUCACCAUCGACCAGACAUUCGAGAAGUUCCAAGGGGCUCAUGGAAGACUCGGUUAG